AGUCUUAAUGUUCACAUGAGAGUUCACACUGGAGAGAAGCGAUCAGUGUGGAAAGAGUUCACAUGUGAUCAGUGUGGGAAGAGUUUCAGUCAAUCAUCAACCCUUAAAGAACACAUGAAGAUCCACACUGGAGAGAAGCCGUUCACAUGUGAUCAAUGUGGGAAGAGUUUCAGACAAUCAUCAAUCCUUAAAGAACACAUGAGGAUCCAUACCGGAGCAAGACUGUUCACAUGUGAUCAAUGUGGGAAGAGUUUCACGCGAUCACAACACCUUAAAGACCACAUGAGGAUCCACUCCGAAGCGAGACCGUUCAUAUGUCAUCAAUGCGGAAAAACAUUUCUUCUGGAAUCAGCUCUGAAGAAACACCUGAGAGUUCAUACGAAGGAGAAGCCACAUUCAUGUUCUGUGUGUGGAAAGAGUUUUUCACUGCUGCAAAGUUUAAAACUGCACCAGAGAAUUCACACUGGAGAAAAACCUUACAAGUGUUCACACUGUGACAAGAGAUUCAGUCGGUUAGAACAUCUGAAAACACAUGAGACAAUCCACACUGGAGAAAAACCUUACAAGUGUUCACACUGUGACAAGAGAUUUAGUCAGUCAUCAUAUCUGAAAACACAUGAGAAGAUCCACAGCAGAGAGAAGCCGCACAUGUGUGAUCAGUGUGGAAAGAGUUUCUCCAUUAAAAGUCGCCUGAAGAAACACAUGAAGAUCCAUGCAGAGGAGAAACCACAUCACCACAGCUGAGAAGAGACUCAGCCAAAUCUCUCCUCUCCACCUAUAGUUGGCGCUGUUGCUCUGUGUCUGCUGUUGAAUUAUCCAGGUUGUGGAUGAGGAGCGACCCCUGAUGUGAUUGUGUACAUACAGUAGUACAUAGUUCAGUGCUAUAUAAAUGCUUCAUUC